AUGGUCUCGUUGUUUUUCAUGCUUGCUGCCCUCGCCAGUGGGCACAAUGUGCUGGCUACCUUUACUCCGCUCUCGGCGAAAGAAACCUUCGCGCGUAUGAGCCCAGGUUGGAACCUAGGCAACACUCUCGACGCUCUCCCCAUUGAAGGAGGGUGGAACAACCCGCCCGUUCAGAAUGUUACAUUUUCGCAGAUUUAUGCCGACGGUUUCCGUAGCGUUCGCAUUCCAAUCACCUUUGUCAAUCAAUUCAUAGCCGGGGCACCAAGUUAUACGGUCAAUGCUACCUGGCUUUCGCGUAUUAAUUAUGUGGUUGACGCUGCAUUGGCUACCGGAUUAUAUGCCGUUGUUAACGUUCACCAUGAUAGUUGGGACUGGGCAGAUAUGUCCGGAUCCAAGCCGGACAUUGACGCACGGAAAGCCAAGUUCGAGAAACUCUGGCAACAACUAGCAACUGUCCUUAAAGAUAAGAAUGAGCGACUUAUUUUCGAAUCAUUAAACGAACCCGUAGGAUCAACGCAAUCCGAUGCUAAUGUCUUGAAUGAUUUGAACUUGAGAUUUACAAAUGUCGUGCGGAACACCGGAGGAAAUAACCCCCAGCGAGUUUUAUCGCUGCCUGGGCUCAAUGACAACGCUCAGUACCUCAAUCAGUGGUUCAUAGCCCCCAACAAUUAUACGUCAGAUAAGUGGACGGUUCAGUUCCACUAUUACAGUCCCUGGGAUUUCACAAGUAAUUCAUGGGGGAAAACGUUCUGGGGAAGUGACGCCGAUAAAGCCACUGUUGAUAGCGAAUUUGCUCAAGUUCGUGAAAACUUCUCGGUGCCUAUCUUGAUUGGCGAGUACGGUACUUAUUCUGUGGGAAGCGCGAUUGAAAAGGCAGCGCGGUAUGACCAUGUCGUUCGGACGGCGAUAAAAUACACAAUGGUGCCCCAAUGGUGGGAUAACGGCAACGACUUUUACGAUCGCGCUAAUGCAAAAUGGCGUGAUGUCACCACGAAAAACAUCGUGAUUGCUGCUGCUGCUGGAAAGAUAAACACCAUCCCCUACAAUGGCAAUGGGACGAUUUGGUUGAAAUCAGGUGUUACCACUCCCGCAAGCAUAUAUCUACAAUACAACGGAAACGGCCUCAAGGGUAUUUAUACUCCAUCUGGGACUGCACUCAUUGCUGGGAAGGACUACACUGUGGUCACCAGUCCUUUAACCGGAUUUACCUUGACGCCCUCGUAUAUAUCAUCUCUCGGCUCCAGCUCAACUCUGGGCGAAAUUGGGCGUGUUAUCGUUCGUUCAAGUUCAGGUGCCGACCUCGAAAUCGAUAUCCGUCGGUAUGCGCGGCCCGUGAUUUCUACCGGAACAAUCAAUGUGUCUGGGAGCACGAGCGAUUACUUUAUUAAUUUUUCUCCCAACGGCGCCAAACUUGCGACAGUGAAGGCAGUUGGGCCCAGUGGUGAAUUUGUCAAGGAUGAUUGGACCGUGUGGCUUGGCGAGCCACAAGCUGGGCGAAUCAAUUGGGGCGACUAUGGUGUCUACGAGAACCAACUAAUUAUUUACUCGAGCCUACUAAGUACUAUCAAGAACUUUGGCAAACCAGUGACAUUGACUUGGGAGUUCUGGCCACGAGCAGAUACUUCAAACAAUGCAACUACAGUGGUGACGGUGACUUGA